GUUGUACGCAGUGUUUACACCAGUAAAAUCAUCAGUAGUCACAGGGACCUCAUCGCUUUGGUGUUUUUUGGCACAGAACAGAGCAAGAACCCCAGGAACUCUUUCAAACAUGUCUAUGUGUACCACGACCUUGAUGAACCUGGUGCAAAGAGAGUUCAGGAAGUGGACGCUCUGCGGGGGGAGAGAGGUUCCAAGCUGGCAGCCCAGAUGUUUGGUAGUGGGGAGACAUCAUUAGGUGAUGCCCUUUGGUGCUGYGCCAACCUCUACAGUGACAUCAAGCUUCGCCUUUCACACAAGAGGCUCAUGAUUUUCACCUGUAGGGAUAAACCACACGAAGGCGACAAUGCAAAGGACAGACAGGCUCGUACCAAGGCCARUGACCUGAAGGAGACGGGUGUUGUUAUUGAUUUAAUGCACCUGAUGAAAGACGGUGGCUUUGAUGUCUCCCUCUUCUUUCGUGACAUUGUAAGUCCACCUGAGGAUGAGAGUGAGCUGGGACUGCAGCUGGAGCCGUGUAACAAACUGGAGGACCUGCAGAAAAGGGUCCGGGCUAAGGAGCAGACAAAGAGAGCCAUGGCCAGGUUGAGCUUGUGUCUUGGCGAGGGCCUAAAUAUCGCUGUGGGACUUUAUGCAACAGCAGUACAAGCUCGGAAACCAGCUCCAGUCAGACUUUACAGAGAGACCAAUGAAUCAGUUCGCAGUAAAACUCGUACCUUCCACACUCAGACUGGCAGUUUGUUACUGCCCAGUGAGAUAAAGAAGGCACAGGUGUAUGGCAAGAAACAAAUAGUGAUGGAGAGAGACGAGGUGGACUCCAUCAAGAAAUUUGAUGACCCCAAGUUGUUUCUGAUUGGAUUCAAACCAAUGGAGAAGCUCAAACUGCAUCAUCAUAUCCGACCCUCUGUCUUCAUCUAUCCUGAGGAGCAGGAAGUGAAAGGAAGCGCAUGUCUGUUUUCAGCAUUGUUGAAGAAGUGUAGUGAGAGAAACAUUUUUGCGCUCUGCCGUUGCAUCCCCCGCCGAAACUUUCCACCUCGAUUUGUUGCCUUGGUGCCUCAGCUGGAGGAGGUUGAUGAAGGGACAGGACAGAUUACUCCACCAGGUUUUAAUGUUAUCUACCUGCCGUAUGCGGAUGACAUACGGACACUGGAUCCUCCUCGAUGUCCUCCGGCCUCACAGAUGCAGGUGGACAAGAUGAAGGAGAUUGUCUACAAGCUCCGCUUCAAAUACAGGAGUGAUGCUUUUGAGAACCCAGUUCUCCAGCAGCAUUACAGGAACCUGGAGGCCUUGGCUUUGGACAUGAAGGCUCCAGAGGACAUUGAGGAUCUUAUUAUGCCAAAGGUGGAGCAGAUUGACCACCGUCUCGGUCCUUUGGUCCAAGACUUCAAAGAUAUGGUUUACCCUGCUGAUUACAACCCAGAGACCAAAACGGCUCCUAAACGCAAAACGGCUGAUGUUGGAGGGGGUACUGAGAAAAAACCCAAAGUGGAGCUGACGGAGGUUGAACUGCGAGCCCACCUGCAGAACGGCACUCUGGGAAAGCUGACGGUUCCUCUGCUGAAGGAGGCCUGUAGGCAGUUUGGGAUUCGGACCACCGGAACAAAGAAGCAGGAGCUAAUAGAUGCUCUGACUGACAAGUUAGGUUCAUGAGGACUCAGGGUUCAGAGUCGAGUUCUUUUCACAGACCAGGUUCUGGUGGGUUCAGUUGGUCUGCAGGACACAAAGGUGUUCAGGUCUUAUUAUGGAUUAUGAUGAGCUACAGCUUUAAUCAGAUUCUGCUCAUUUCACUUUGAUAUACAAUGUUUAAUUCACAACUCUUAAAGUUGUUAUAUCUGUGUAGUUUUACUCUACAAAAAGUACCGACCCUUUAAAGCUCCUGUUGGAGACAUGUUUGUAAAAUUCAGCUACAUGUUCUGAACUGAUGCAUAUGAAAUAAAACCUUUUGUUGUAA